CGUCAAUGGGCAAUCAUUUAGAUGACGUACAACACAACAUUAGAAAUUAGUCGACCAUAACUAAACUAAACCACACAAUAUUAGAAAUGAGCCAAUUAGAACUAAUCUAACAUCCAAAGUCCGUAAUUCCCUGGUUUUAUUGGUCGAUUGGAUAAUACACUCAAUGAGGGGAUUUGAUUAUCUGGCCUGAGUUACCCCGGUGGUAGGAGUUUGUAGUGGGUGAAGGGUGAUUGCAUUCGUUUUGAACUGAGCUGCCUCCGGGCGUCAACAGGGUGCCCCGUCAAAGUCCGCAGUGAAGUCGGCUCAAAAUGCGCGUUCAAAAGAACUGGUUACUCGGAGCGAAAAAAUGCACUCCAACUGGGAAAAAUCAAUUUGAAUGGUCAGCCAACUCGGAGUUCCAACUCGGGAACUCAGACCUCUUUCAAGAGCUCAGACUUUCCGAUUUGAAUAUCACUGACGUCAUGAUUUGACCAUGUAUUUUUCCGAGUUCACAGUUGUUUUGAACCGGCCAUAAGCACAUGGAGUAAUGAGUAUAUUGUUGUUUUUUUACAUGCAAAAGUGAUUGUUUUUGAUAAAAAAACGCUUUAUCUGCCUUCCCACUGAAGGCUAGUUCGGUCACUAGUUUGAAAAUUCGAAUACAUAUUUUAUGGAAAAUAUAUGUGUUUAUGUUUCUGGACGAUGCAUCAUGCUACCUUGUUGACAACAUGAUCUAUUGGCGCAGAUUACUGUUCGAGUUGAAACUGGCGCUCCUCCCUCACGGCUUUUGCCCGUUCGCGUCACGGGCCAUUGACCGUUGCUACGCGGCUCAGGAUAAUAGAACUCCCUCAAGAGUUAACAUUUUGACACGUCAAUUCAUCAGUUAACUACACUGUACAGUACUUCGUGCUGCUACCACCUUUACCCUGUUGAGCAGGCAAAAUAGCGGGGGCCAGGCAAGGGAUUCACCUGGUAAAGGACCCCAGGCAAGAAGAGAAUGGUUGCAUUCGGGAAGAUACUCCCAGUAGUUGGUGAGUUUGGAGCAUUUCAAAAUCGCCUGUUGUUGGCAAUAUCGAUACCCAACAUAUUCAUGGCCUUUCACAUGUUCAGCCAAGUUUUCACAGGUAUGAAUUUUCCUCACCACUGCAACACCGACUGGAUACUCGCCCGUGGACCCAAAUUGACCUAUGACCAACAGAAAAAUCUCACACUUCCAAUGAAUGAUGUCGGGGAAUAUGAGAGCUGUCGUAUGUUCACACCGGUGGACAUGGACUUGGAAACAAUUCAAGAGCAAGGAAUCAACAGCACCAUAUAUUGUACAGAUGGGUGGGUUUAUGACACACCCCAAGGAAACCCCACUCUGGUGACAGAGUUUAACCUGGUGUGUGACAACAAAGGUGUGAGUGAGGCAUCACAGUCCAUCUACAUGACCGGCCUCCUAAUAGGGUCCCUGGUGUUUGGACCUAUGGCAGACAGGUUUGGUCGUCGCUUCGCCAUCCUCGUUUCCCUGCUCUUCCAAUUGCUGUUUGGAGUGGCCGCUGCCUUCUCCCCCAACAUCUAUGUCUACAUUAGCCUUCGGUUCGUGGUCGGCAUGACAAUAUCAGGCAUCGCCAUGAACACAUUUGUGCUAGGGGCUGAGUGGACCAGUACAUCUAAGCGGGCCCUCUUCACCAUCCUCUCACAAUGUUUCUAUGCCGUGGGGCUGAUGUUGCUGCCGUGGAUCGCCUACGGGGUCCGCAACUGGAGGGCUCUGCAGCUGGUGCUUUCCAGCCCCGUCCUCCUACUGGCUGUCUACUUCUGGAUUCUCCCAGAGUCGGCCCGUUGGCUACUAACUCAAGGCAGGCAGAAUGAGGCCAGACAGGAGCUCCAGAGGGCAGCUGCGGUCAACAGGAGAGAGGUCCCCCAGUCAUUACUCAACAUGCUGGAGGCUGAGAACACGUCUACAACGGGCAGUAUGAUGGACCUCUUCAAGAUAUCCAACCUGAGGAAACGUGCUCUCACCAUGAGCUUCAUCUGGUUUGUGACCAGCCUGGUCUACUUCGGUGUGAGUCUUAACGUGGGACAAUUUGGCCUGGACAUCUACCUGACCCAGUUCAUCUUUGGCCUGGCAGAGAUUCUUUCUCGCCUGGGCUGCUACACCCUCCUGGAGCGCCUGGGCAGGAGGCCCUGUCAGGCAGGCACUCUCUUCUUUGGUGGAGCAGCUUGUCUCCUAAUUCUUGCUAUUCCUGAAGACCUUCCAGUAUUGGUGACGGUCAUUGCAGUGACUGGAAAGUUUGCUAUAGCAGCCUCCACUAUUGUCUAUGUAUAUACUGCUGAACUCUAUCCUACCGUUGUAAGACAGAAUGGUGUGGGUCUGAACUCCAUGUGUGCCCGUGCGGCGGGCAUCCUGGUCCCUCUGAUGCAUCUGCUAGGGGUGUACCACCAGGCCCUGCCCAUGCUCAUCUGUGGCCUCCUGCCCUUCAUCGGCGGGGGGCUGUGUUUUCUACUGCCAGAGACCCUCAACACUGAGCUCCAAGACUACAUAGACCCACUCGUGGAGAAGACAAUAACAUCAGAGAGCGGGACUAUUGAAAACGGACUCCAUGAGGAGGAGAAACCAACUGAAUUGAGGAGCUCAAAAUUCUGAUCACUGUCUGGUCCAUACUCUCUGGAGGUGUGAGUUAGUUAUUACUCUAAAAUAUCUCUUGUUCUUUGUAAAUGAUACCACCCUUUUGGGACUAAUUAUUUGUUUAAAUGAAUGAAUAAUACAAAAUGAUUGAUGUUGUGUAUAAAAUAUGGACCCAUCACAAUAUGAAUCUUGGUGAUCAGGGGUGCCAUAUGGGGGGGGUGGAUGAUUCUAAGGGCCUGUGACUGAGGGGCCCUAAAAAAUUAUUAGAACAUUAGGUUAAAAAAAAUCAAUAUUAAAUUAUUAACCUAUAGUCAUUAAUAUAAUAUUUGAUUUACAAUGUACUAAUAAAACUUGUGGUUUCUUUUUAUUUUCUUGUUUUUGGCAAAAAGUAAACAUCCAGAGAUGUUUUAGCCGACAUCAAUACAGGCAAACUUUAGCAAGCUAUUCAUACUAAAUCACUUGCCCCUGCCUGGUGCCAGGCCCAACAGAUGCAGCUUCAGGCCCAGCAGCCCUGUCUCCCCAUUCCCAUACCCCUGAACCAGCCCUACUCCCAACCCAACCUCCCAAAGGAGGUGGGCAGCAUUGUGUUGAAUGACAUGUCAAUUGGCAUAAUUGCAUGUACUGCAAUGCAUUGAGGACAGGAAAAUGUAUCUGACACAGAGGCAGCCAAUAUCAGAGCCUUAAAGGAAGAGAUGCAGGCUCUUAGAGAUGGAUGGGAGUCUCUCCUGUCUGAGGCAACACUGAUUGCUACGCAAAUGGAUGUUGCACCUCAAUUUAGCAAGGAACACAGCUGCCAGAGGAAAGGGAAGAGAUUCCAUGAUGAGACCUCUCAAGAGGAGACAGCUCAGGACAGUGCAACAACGGUGUUUCGGAACACAGUGUUUUUUUUUACUGCUAUGGACACCAUCAUAAGUGACUUUGACACUAGGUUCCACACCAAUGAAACAAUUGUAGAAUCAUUUUCUGCUGUUCUGAAAGUUGGGCAGAUUAGUGAGGAUAAAGUCCCUUCUGUGUGCCAACCACUGAUCAUGAGGUAUUCCAGAGGUCUUACACCUGAGUUUCAACAUGAAGUAAGACACCUGAACACUGUAUAUUCUGCCACUUUCCCUCCUAACUUGUCCCCUCUUGGUCUCCUGAAUGCAAUUUGGAAGAUGCAGCUGCAAAGCAUUGUUGAAGUGUGCAUUGCUUUACCUAUAUUUUGCACACUGCCUAUGACUGUUGCUGGUGGUGAGAGAGCUUUCAGUAAGCUAAAACUGCUCAACUAUUUGAGGUCCAUUAUGUCCCAGGACAGGCUUUGCAGUCUUGCCAUGCUGUCCAUUGAAAGUCUGUUAGCUAGAAAGCUGGACUUCAAGACUUGAUCAGUGACUUUGCUAUUAAGAAGGCCCGGCGCUGGGCUCUUGGUGAGUAAGGCUGAGCAAGAGCCAGUGAUAACUGUUAAAUGGCAUGGAUAUUGGAUCACUACACACAUGAUGCCCAUAGGCUGAGAACCAGACAGAACCGGAUGUAUCUCAAAGUAAUGGCUGGAUUGCCAUAAAAUAUGUUGUGCACAAUCAAGACCCCAAGUGAAAGAAACUUAUUGAUUUGGUGACCACUUGACCUUUCCUCUAGCGCCACCAUCAGGCCUUUUCAUUUCCGUUGUAUUUUCCAUUUUCAGUUUCCACUUUUACAGCAGCUUAUUUUCCAGUUGGUAUGUAAUACUUAGUUCAAAAAUCUGCUGCCGAUUUUAUUAUUUUGUUUGUUAUAUCAUUCUAUAGAUGAUAAUGUUAAUGUAUUGUAGUUGCAUAGGAUAAUGUAUAUUUAAGUUAUUUAUUUGAAGUUAUUCAUUAAUGUUAAGAGAAUUUUCCAUUCAAGAAUUGUACCAUUAAAAUUUCA